AUGUCUAGGUUCUUCGCGCCCUUAAAGUUAAAGAGGCACUUUCACCACCUCAAAAUAUCAGAUGAGGUAAGAAGUGCAUUGCUCGGUAAACAACCGGUGGUUGCCUUAGAGUCCACUAUUAUAACACAUGGCUUACCAUUUCCUCAAAAUUUAGAAAUGGCCACACUUGUCGAGUCUCAAAUCCGCAAUGAGGGUGCAAUUCCGGCCACAAUAGCCUUCAUAGAUGGACUUCCAACGGUGGGACUUCAUUUUUCAGAAAUUGAGCGACUUGCAACCACUGCUACGACUAAAGCUAUAAACAAAGUCUCCAGGAGAGACGUAGCUUAUACGAUGGCCAACAAGCUACUAGGAGGCACCACCAUCUCAAGCACCAUGCUUCUUUCGCACAUGGCAGGUAUCGAUGUGUUUGCUACAGGCGGCUUGGGUGGUGUUCAUAGAGGGGCAGAAACCACGAUGGACAUCAGUGCAGAUCUUGACGAACUGGGCAGAACACCUGUGGCUGUGGUGUGUGCUGGUCCAAAGGCUAUUUUGGAUAUUGAGAAAACCAUGGAGUAUCUUGAAACUAAGGGUUGUAUGGUAGCGACUCUAGGAAGUCCAGGUACAAAUGUUCCAGGCUUUUACUUUCGAGAUUCAGGAGUACCGUCUCCUUACAAUUUCGAAAACUUCUCUCAAGCUGCCCAAAUAAUAAACGCUGGUCACCAACUAGGUCUUCAAUCCGGCUAUCUAAUGUGCGUGCCACCUCCAGAGGGGAUUGCCCUGGACGAAUCGUGGGUAAAAGGCAUAAUAGAUAGCGCUACAAUCAAGGCCAACAAAUUGGGCAUUCGCGGGAAAAAGCUGACACCGUUUCUGCUAGGGGAGAUUUCUCGAGAGACGCAGGGUGUUUCAGUCAAAAGUAAUGUGGACUUUGUCCUGAAUAACGCGCGAGCGGGUGCUCAAAUUGCAAUCGAAGUGUCGAAAUUAAGCAGACGCAAUGAUGCAGUUCCACACAUUCAGCCGUCCCAAAUCUUUGAACCAAUUCGUUCCGCAGGUAAUGUGUCUGUCGUGGUAGGAGCAGUGGCUUUAGAUACGCAGAGCACCGUUGCAGAAGAUCUUCGCAUGAAAGAUUCUAACCCAGGCAAGGUUUAUUCUUCUGUUGGCGGAGUCGGAUAUAAUGUCGCUCUCGCAGCUCACUUGUCGAAUAGGUACUCGGAAGUGUCUACCAAGCUGAUAAGCAGCGUCGGCGAUGAUAUAUCUGGGUCAGCAAUUUUGGCAAAACUCGGCCUGCCAAUUGAUUCGAUUUUUGUUGAUCCUCAUCAUGCGACAGCGCAAUAUUCCUCAAUGCACUCGAGUGAUGGAGAGCUUGUUGUUGCCUGCGCGGAUAUGGAUAUCACAACCAAAUUACCUAACAAGUUUUUAUCAAAUCAACUUGAAGUCGCGAAGCCCAAGAUUGUGGUAGCAGACGCAAAUAUUGCCGUCCAGACACUGCAAGAACUGCAAAAUUUGCAGAGUAAGCUCAACUACAUGUUGGUCUUUGAACCGACAUCUGAUACAAAGGCAAAGAAGCUCAGUCUACUGAAAGGUCUCAAAGUGUACCCACAAAACGAGGUUUUCCUCAUUACACCCACCACUACCGAACUAAAAAGUAUCUACGAGUCUUUUGAAAAAGCCGAUAAAUUUGACGUCGACAAUUGGUUUCCUGUUCUUGACUCACUGCAGAUAGAUAACGCAUUGAAAGUUGAACAACAGACUGAAAGUUUUUCUAAAAGCUUGAGCGAUGUCCGGAGAUCGGGGGUUUUCCACAUGGCCUGCAACCUACUUCCAUACUUUCCCAGGAUACUGGUCAAGGACGGGGCAAACGGAAUAUAUGUUUUCACUUUGAAGGAGGACGUUGCCGAAGAGCACGCGCAAGAGUCUCUAGCAAAGUAUGCUUUUAUGACAAAGGGAUUGAAUUUUGGUGGCAAGCGGAUAGGAAUGAUGUUUGAACACUACGAGGUUCCCGAACUUUCAUCGAAUGUCAAAAGCGUCACGGGUGCUGGAGACACUUUACUGGGGGUACUCUGUAACGAACUCUGUCACAAGGGAGAUGUUUUUGGACUCUCUGCCUCUACACGCCUGGCCUCCUUUGAGCGAGCACAGCUGGGAGCCAAGAUGACUGUUGAAGAAGUCGGGUCUGUUAGUAGGAGGCUCAAACAACUGGCUUGA